GUUGGGGCCGGGACGUCCGGGGCCGACCUGCCCUGUACAGGCAGGUACCUAUCUAUAUAACGAGGUACCUACUUCGUAAGGCCGCCUGUAUGUAUCCUACAUACCUAUCACCUUAUACCUACCUACAUAUAUGCCAACCCGUCAAGACGUUAAAUGAUCUAGGUCUAGGUAGGUAUCUCCAUACGCCUUAAGUAUAGAGGCAUUCAUAUACCUACUUUCGAGGGGGGAGCUCCGAGUCCCAUACUGCGUAGUACUUCACGAUAUUAAUUGUUCCACGCGCCCCCAGGAAAAAGAAACAUACAAAAUAAAAACAAAAUCCCGCCACCCUCCGAAGCCAUAUAAUCUCUACUCACUCGCCUAAUUGAUACUGAGCCUACGCACGACCAUUAAGCCGCGCCGCGCCGGGUUUCAUUUUACACCCUCAAGAUGGCCCGUCACCAUCCGCUACAGAGGCUCGCGUCUCCAUCGAGACAGCUUUCCCUGCUUCUCCAUCUCGCAGGGGUCGCGUCUUUCCUCGCCUCGUUCAGGUUCCUCUACACGUGGGACACUCCGAUGUCAGCUUCUUUCGGCGGGCACUACCAGUUCCUCACCAUCAUCGGCCUGUCACUCGCGUUGUGCACUUUUUCCGUCGGGGCUUUGGCGGACGCGACGCUCUCUCCGCGCCUGUUUCAGCUCAAGAACAUACUCUCCGUGUGCUCGGCACCGCUGGAGGUAUUGAUUAGCAUCCUGUACUGGGGGAUCUACGCCAUCGACAAAAGCCUCCUUUUCCCGCCUGAGGUUCAGCUCGACUUUCUUCCCGAUUUCGGGUUCCACGCCGCGCCGGCCCUGUUUCUAGCCGUCGAUCUCCUCCUUCUCAGUCCGCCGUGGACGAUCCGCGGCUACCCUGCGUUGGCCCUGAGCGAGGUCUUGGCAUUUUCAUACUGGCUCUGGGUCGAAUACUGCUUCUCUCGCAAUGGAUGGUAUCCUUAUCCUAUUUUUGGCAUCUUGAGCACGUGGCAGCGCGCCCUGCUCUUUGCUUUCUCCGCAUCCGUGAUGACUGGGAGUACGAUGAUCCUGAAAUGGACGUAUGGCAAGGUCAACGGCAUCGAGAAGUUCAAGGAGGAAGCGGUCGCCGAUCCCGUAGGAAUCCGACCCAAAAGCGAAUAAAUCCCGACGUGACAACGGCCGGCUUUGUUACGCCCUGCUUCCAGACCGCUACGCAUGCUAGGUUGUCUAGCUAGGAUAGCAAGUCGUAAUCUCACCUAUCCUUGGGCCCGCCGUGGGAGACGGGCAGCUUGUUAGCGGAGAUACCCUCGGGAGCCAACGGCGGCCCCGUCAAAGCAGCUUUGUAUAGAUGGGAAACCCGACAAUUCUCGCGCCUUUAUCCCGUGUUCCUUUGAGCAAGCUCGUCGAGAUAGGCAUAAAUUCCCUAGUUCUGGGUCCCGUGUGUGCUGCUGUUACCCGCUUGCUCUGACGUCGAGUCUCCUGAGUCUCCUGGGCGCAUGUCCGUAUGCAAUCCGGUCCCGUGGCAGAGGAUAGAAUAAGUAGAAGCAGGCGAGAUAUUGCAGCCCUCGGAAUCUAUCAGAGUACGUACCUCUCAGAUUUGCUACCCAUUGUUACGUUGCCGUCGGUGGGCCGUCCGUCAAACUUGACGGUCCAGCCACACACACAUAUAUGCCUAUAUAUAGAGAGUUAUAUAUACAGGUGUAUAUGUAUAUACACAUGUCAGUUCGCCUUGGACCCCUGCCAAGCAAGCCGCC